AUGGAUUCUUCUUGUAACUCAGUGGCGCCCAAAGAAGAUGAGUGUGCAGAACGCAGAGCUGCUGUCAAGAACAAGAUAGAAAAACUAAUGUCGAUGGAUCAUUUGGCAACGACUCCAUCCCUCGUGACUCGAUUGGAUUCUGAAGGUUAUUUGUCCUUGACUUAUCUAAUGUCACUCUCUUCAAUCUCCAGAACUGGAAUAUCGCGUAGCGAAUUAAUCGAUAUUAUUCAAACAAUUCCGACACUCUCUUUGUCCCCAACGUUGACGGGUGUUCGGGUUUCUAUUCCUGUAGCACGAAAAACUGUCAUUUUGCGUGAUCUCCCUGCGGAUACAACCGAGGAUAUGAUUCGCUCCCUCUUCGAAGGCGUCACAAUCGAGUCGAUCAAAGAGGAGAUCAGCAAUUCCUGGUUUGUAACCUUUUCAACAGAAGAAGAAGCUCUCUCUUCUCUCAACUCCCUCCAAACUCGCACCUUAGCAGGAGCUCCGAUCAAAGCUCGCAUGAAGAGCGAGUACUACAUGAAAGUUUUCACACGUCAACUCAGCACGAUUAUUGGAACUCCAAAAGUCGAGCCGAAACAUCGCCGAAUGUCUGCUGACGCGACGCCUUUCGACCUCUCCGACAGCAAACUCGAAGAGCUGAAGAAAACGCUGCAAAGCAAACCGCCUUCAGAACUGUCCAACGACAUGGACGAGUUCUCUUUAAUCACAGAAAGCAACAAAUACAAAGGAUUUGACAUCGAUUUGUUCCCCGAUUAUGGGAAGGAAGGAUCCACGCUACCCUUCGUGGCCACGUCGUCUGUUCACAUAGGGUAUAAAGGAGAGUUUAUUCGCUAUUCUCCUGAGCAGAUAUGGGAGAUUGUGCGCAAUAUGAAAGAUCAGUCCAUGCCGCCCAUUGCGACGCCCGGAGACCACUCUCUUGCCAUUGAGAAAACGCCCAAUACCGAGUUGGUGAAGAAGGGAAGAACAAUGUCGAUUGACCACGCGAUGUACAUGGGUCAUCCGCGAACGCUUUCUGUAGACAGCGUAGACUACACAAAUAUGAUUGCUGGAGAGAUGGAAGAGGAGGUCGCUUCUUAUGUCCGGAAGCAAAGGAGGCAUAGGAAUAGGAGGCGUUUGUUGAAUAAGUGA